AUGAGACUGGUGGUCUCAGCCACCCGCGCGCUGCACUCAUUGGGAUUACAACCCCUCUUAACGAUCCCAUCAACUCUAGCUUCACGAUUCUACUCAAGUGAAAGUCCGGGCCAUCGGCCUUCACCUCUCGCCGGUGUGACUGUUGUUAGUCUAGAACAGGCUAUUGCCGCGCCAUUCUGCACCCGGCAACUAGCCGAUCUUGGAGCCCGUGUCAUUAAAGUUGAGCGACCAGGAGUUGGUGACUUUGCGCGCCAAUAUGACACGCGCGUCAAUGGAAUAGCAUCACACUUCAUGUGGACCAACCGAUCCAAGGAGAGCUUAGCAUUAGAUCUCAAAGAAAAAGAGGACCAUGUGGUCUUGAUGAAGCUCCUUGAACGCGCCGACGUACUCGUUCAAAACUUGGCCCCGGGCGCAGCUGCGCGACUUGGUCUAUCUUACGAAGCUUUAAAGGAAUGUCAUCCUUCUUUGAUCGUUUGUGACAUCUCUGGAUAUGGCCAGGAUGGUCCAUAUCGUUACAAGAAAGCGUAUGACCUUCUCAUCCAAAGCGAAGCCGGGAUGCUCUCCGUUACUGGCACUGGCAAGGAGCCAGUGAAAGUAGGCAUUUCUAUUGCUGAUAUUUCUGCAGGGAUGUACGCGUACACCAAUAUCCUGUCAGCACUAAUGCAGCGUGACAAGGAUGGCCGGGGCUGUCAAAUCGACAUCUCGAUGUUAGAGAGCAUGAUCGAGUGGAUGGGUUUCCCCAUGUACUACGCCUUCGACGAUGCCCCUGGCCCAGUACCAGCGGGCGCAUCCCACGCAUCCAUUUACCCAUAUGGUCCGUUCGAGACCGGUGAUGGUCAGUCGGUCAUGCUCGGAAUCCAGAAUGAAAGGGAAUGGGUCAACUUCUGCCGCGGCGUUCUUUCUCAGCCCGAGCUGGCCGCGGACUCUCGGUUCUCAACCAACUCUCUUCGAACGCAGAAUCGAGACGAGUUAAAAGCCAUCAUCUGCAGUGCCUUCUCUGGAAUCACUGCCGAAGAAACUAUUGCAAGACUUGACAAGUUUACGAUCGCAAAUGCCAAUGUCAAUGACAUGUGCGGGGUCUGGAAACAUGCCCAGCUAAAGGCUCGCGACCGCUGGUCGGAAGUGCAAACUCCGGCAGGGAUCAUUCAGACUCUUUUGCCGCCUGGGGCGACAAAAAGUGCCGAUCGUGGUGGAUACGGGGCCCAGAUGGGAUCGGUUCCGAGAGUUGGGGAACAUAACCAGGCGAUUUUGGCAGAGUUGGGCUUGUCCAGAUAG